UGCCAAAAGAGAGAACUUUUUUGCUUUUUGAGCCUUUUUGUCACAUUUUUCUGUACACUUAUCAUAUGCCCACAUCCACAUCUACAUUUCCCUCCUCUCAUCCUCCUCCCUCUCUGUCACUCUAACUCUAUCCAUCUCAACACUAAAAAAAGUUCAACAAACCUCCAUCUUCUAGGGUUUCUUUCUUUCUUAAAUUAUUAUCCAAAACCUCUUCUUCAAUACUCAGCCUUUUUCUCUUCGGUUUUGGAAAGAAAUUCACCACAUUUGGCAGUCCCUGAAGGAGCUACUCUUUGGUCUGAAAAUUUGAACUCGGAGAGAUCUGAAAAGUCAAUUGCAAAGAUGGGUUUCAUGUGUGAUUUUUGUGGGGAUCAGAGGUCAAUGGUUUACUGCCGAUCUGACGCUGCGUGUUUGUGCUUAUCAUGUGAUCGUAAUGUCCAUUCUGCUAACGCCUUGUCGAGGCGACAUACAAGAACAUUGUUGUGUGAAAGAUGCCAUUUGCAACCCUCCACGGUAAGGUGUAUUGAAGAGAGAGUUUCUCUGUGUCAAAAUUGUGACUGGACUGGUCAUGGCACAUCUACCCUUGCUUCAUCAUCACACAAGAGGCAAACCAUCAAUUGUUACUCUGGUUGUCCAUCGGCUGCAGAACUUUCUUGCAUCUGGUCUUUUGUUUUGGAUGUUCCAUCCGUAAAUGAUGCUUGUGAGAAAGAACUGGGAUUGAUGAGCAUUGCUGAGACUGACUUGACGGGCGCCUGGAGCCUUUCGGAGAACAACGCUGGUCAAAGAAUGCCCCGGUCAACUGAAGCCAGUGAUGUUUGUAGCAGAGAAAAGUCAAAUGUUUUGGUUGGAUCAUCUUCACUCUUUGGCUCUAGGCCUCACACUUCAGAUCAGUCAGUCGAAUUGGAUAAUGUGGCUUUACCCAAGGAUCUUUUGAGGCAUCACAUUUUUGGCAUGCAGUUUUGCUGUCCUGGAACAAAAGUUGCUGAAUUCUGCGGUGAGGAUGCCGAUCUUUACAAGGAGUUUGAUAUGGAUGAAAUGGAUUUGAAUCUUGAAAAUUAUGAGGACCUAUUUAGCAUGAGCCUUAAUCAUUCUGAAGAGUUUUUCGAGAAUGGUGGAAUUGAUAGCUUUUUUGAGGCAAAAGGCCUGUCUUUUGAAGAUUCAGUUUCCCACAGUGCUGUUGCUGCAGAGGGUUCUUCCGUGGGAGUGGUCCAACAAAUGCAGCCAGCUUACAGCAAUGGUGCCUCUGCUGACUCAGUGAUGAGUACUAAAACCGAACCCAUUCUCUGUUUCAAUUCAAGGCAAGCCCAGUCGGGUAUGUCGUUUUCUGGCCUUACUGGUGAGAGUAGUGCUGGUGAUCAUCAAGACUGUGGAGCCUCUUCAAUGUUUCUAAUGGGUGAGCCUCCAUGGUGUGCACCUAGCACUGAAAGUUCCUUCCCAUCUACUGAUCGCAAUAGUGCUGUUCAGCGUUAUAAGGAGAAAAAGAAGACGCGCAAGUUUGAGAAAACAGUGAGAUACGCCACUCGCAAAGCGAGAGCCGAUGUCAGAAGGCGUGUGAAGGGACGGUUUGUGAAGGCUGGAGAGGCGUAUGAUUACGACCCACUGAACCAGGCUAGAAGCUGCUGAGUACAAUUUUUAACUAUGCUUUACAAAAAGGAAGGAAUCAUUCUGAUGUUUUCUUGGAAAGAUGCAUUCUUUAUUUAUCUAACCAAGUGAAUGAUUUCGAUGCAUGAUGAUAAGCUGUCUGAUUAUAUCACAGGAAGGUUCCAUAUCACCCGAAGAUGAAAGAUGGAUUCGAAAAGGCGGAGUACACAGAAGAUUCAACAACUAAAAUUUCCAGGGCAGAUCGAAAAAGGGUGUAUGAUCAGAGCUUCAAUUUGACAUCCCGUCCAAUAAUACAGAAAACAGAAGAUUGCUCCAAGAUUUGAGUGGUAGUUGCCAUAAAGGCCAGCUCCUCUACAAAUAUUUGUUUACUGAUCCUUGUUGGUCAGAAACUACACUUACCUGACUAUUCUUUUUCUUUCUUUCUUUUUUGUUGAUCUGAAACCUGGCUUGUUGGGUGACGAAACCACCAUUGCCAAAAUAUUAUUUUGUCUGUAUAUAGCACAGUCGCCAUAUUUUACAACACAUGAAGAUGAGUUGAGUUUAGUAGUAGUAGAUUAUGGUUUCUUCCAAGGUUGAACCUAAAGAUUUUCUCCUCUUUCCCACUUGUAAAUGUAAGAUGAUAAAUUGCAUGUCCAGUUGAGAGAGAUUUGAUAAUUAUACUCGUACUUUGUAAA